GGUUCCUGUGGCAUCCGCUGGAGAGGCCCCGGGUCGCUGUGUUUCCUCCCAGGGGUGACUUGGCAGUGAUAUGCUGUGUUUCCUCACUUCUGCAAUUGCCAGGCUGCCACACAGUGCUGGGGCUUAGACCCCGAGGGACACGCAGAGCCUACAUUGAAUGUUACAGGCAUAUACAGCACCCCAUGAUCAGGUGACCCUUCCAGCCCAGAGCAAUGGAGCAAAAUGAAUCCUCCCGUGUGGAUUCUGAAUUUCGAUACACCCUCUUUCCGGUUGUUUACAGUGUCAUCUUUGUGUUGGGGGUGAUUGCCAAUAGCUAUGUGCUAUGGGUCUUUGCCCGCUUGUACCCUUCCAAGAAACUGAACGAGAUAAAGAUCUUCAUGGUGAACCUCACCGUUGCCGACCUGCUUUUCUUGAUCACCCUCCCGCUGUGGAUUGUCUACUAUUACAAUGAAGGCAACUGGAUUCUACCCAAAUUCCUGUGCAACCUGGCUGGCUGCCUCUUCUUCAUCAAUACCUACUGUAGUGUGGCCUUCCUGGGUGUCAUCACUUAUAACCGCUACCAGGCAGUGGCCUAUCCCAUCAAGACUGCUCAGGCCACCACCCGCAAGCGUGGCAUCUCUUUGUGCGUGGUCAUUUGGAUAUCCAUCGUGGCUACUGCAUUAUACUUCUUGGCCACGGACUCCACCAACGUGGUUCGCACAAAAGAUGGCUCAGGCAACAUCACCCGCUGCUUUGAGCACUAUGAGCCGCGCAGUGUGCCAAUCCUUGUGGUUCACGUCUUCAUCGCAUUCUGUUUCUUCCUCGUCUUCCUUCUUAUCCUCUACUGCAACCUGGUCAUCAUCCACACGCUGCUCACGCGGCAGGUACGGCAGCAACGCAAACCUGAAGUGAAGCGCCGGGCGCUGUGGAUGGUCUGCACUGUCUUGGCGGUGUUCAUCAUCUGCUUUGUGCCCCAUCACAUGGUCCAGCUGCCCUGGACCCUCGCAGAGCUGGGCUACCAGACCAACUUCCACCAGGCUAUUAAUGAUGCCCAUCAGAUCACCCUCUGCCUCCUCAGCACCAACUGUGUCUUAGACCCUGUAAUCUACUGCUUUCUUACCAAGAAGUUCCGAAAGCACCUCAGCGAAAAGUUUUACAACAUGCGCAGUAGCCGGAAGUGCUCCCGGGCCACUACUGACACGGGUACCGAAGUGAUGGUUCCGGUCGACCAGACUCCUGUCAUGUUGCUAAAAAAUUAAUCUCUGUCUUAUUAAAGACAGACCCAGAGUCUCCUCUUCCGUGGACCUCACAGCCUGAGCAGGGAGGUGAGAGGUUUCAGCUUGUGGACAACCCCUCCUGGGACCAUGGCGGACCCUCCGAGUGCAGAGGUUCCUUUCUCACCGAGACGCUGGUUGACGGCACUGCCAGCAUGUUGGAAAAUAUCGAACUUGAUGUUCCUUUUUUACUCAUCUAUGCAUUAAUACUAGCGACUGUUGCUGAUGGCUUCAUCCAGAGCUUCUGAACCUGACAUUCCGGCUAGGGCCAAACCUUGGGCUUAGACUCUGAGUUACCCAGUUCUUCCGACUGGGGCCGCAGCCGUAGUAUUGGGCACCGCCUCCUGCUGCCGGCAGGGGAGGAGUUAUGGGCGAACAGUGCUUCACUGAUCCUGUGGAAGAUCUUUGUGGGAACAGUGGGUUUAGGAUGGCGCCCUGCUUUCUCCACCCACAGGUACAAGGUCUCUGCGACACUUCUAGAGGAAGUGGUUUGAUGGAAGCCUCUGAUGACCCAGAAACUUAUCUCAAAUGUAACCAGAGGAAAUAAUACAAAAGCUGACCAGAAGCUAGGAUGGGAGCGUAUUUCCAGAGGCAGCUGAGUUUCCAGCCAGGCCUGAGAGUCUAGGAGAGAGAUGGCUCCCUCAGG